GCAAAGAGCUGCAAAGAGAAGCAACACCAACAUAUAUAUAUAUAUAUAGAGAGAGAGAGAGAGAGAUACGUAUAUAGAUAUAGAGAGAGAGAAAAUGGGGCUAAUGAGGAAGCUUGUGAGCUGCGGGAGGAGGAGCUUUCCAUCGGAGUCGGAUACAGAAGUCGUCCCGGAAGGUCGCAUUCGCGUUUACGUGGGCAAAGACACAGAAAUUCCCUGCAAAUUCGAGAUGGAAGCGAAUUACCUGAACCAUCCUCUCUUCGAAAAGCUACUCCAAUUAUCGGAGGAAGAGUUCGGCUAUUCUUACGACGGAGCUCUGAGAAUCGCGUGCGAGAUCGAUCUGUUUCAGUACCUUCUUCAUCUCCUCAACAACCGAAAUCCCUCCGCCCAUUACAUGGAGCUACACGAUCUCAUUUCCAAGUUCUACACAACUACUGCCACUCAUUCCGGUCAUUCCCCUACACAAAUGCGUGCUCAAUAGUACUGCAGCAUUCAUUAAUUUUCUCGCUCAUCAAGUUUUGUUUCUCUCUCUAGAAAUUCUUGGUGUUCCUUCAAUACACAGUUUUCUUUUGGGGUCUGGUAGAUAAAGAUUCUUUCUCCUGUAUGUUCUGAAAUAUUAGGGAUACGCAGAUCAUGACAGUUGGUAAAGAUGAGAUGGCAAGGAGAUGUAUAAUUGUAUUUAAUCAUUAUACUCUGUUUCAUUUUAUUUAUUUAUUAUUAUUUACAAAGAGUAAUGAUAAUUGUUUUUUCUUAUCAACAUGUAUAAUUAAUUGUAUUUAAUCAUUAUGCUCUGUUUCAUUUUUUUUACAAAGAGUGAUGAUAAUUGUUUUUU